AUGGCACCUCCAGCUGAUGAUCCCAGCAUCAGAACAGGCGGACUGCAAAGUCAACUCGGCGCAGAUGGAAACCCCAUCGUCCAUCCCGUCGAAGUCGACGCGACCAACGGUCACGUCAACCCUCCGCCGCCACCGGUUCCUGACGUAGAAGCUCCCGUCACGACCGCCGCGUUAACCGCCGCCAUGCAAGGCUUUGCUGCUCAAAUUGCUUCUCAAUUCGCCGAGAUGCAAGCUCAGCAGCAAAAGUACAACGACAAGAUCGACUCCCUCCACGUCACCAGCGACGGACGAGUCAUCCCGACGGGACGAACUCUCUUCCAGACGCCGACAAGAAGCACCGCCGCGACUGGCUCCAAUGCCGCGACGAAUGGUGAGAAAGACACCGACCCGGAAGUGGCCAAGCUGCGCCGCGACCUCGACGCAAUCAGCUCCAAAGUGCACGACGCUAUCAGCUCGGCACCCGAGAUUGCCAAAAUCCUCGCCGAGACGAAAAGGAGUCCUUUCACUCGUCGCAUCGCCGCGAUACCUCUAAAGGAUCAAACGGCUCUCCGUCUUCAGUUCUACAACAAUGGUGACGAUCCUCGAAACUGGCUAAGAAACUUCGAGAUGGCCAUGAGAAGGCAAAAAUAUGCCUCCCCCGAAGAACAAGACGCAAAUUACUGCCAAGUGUUCAUCGAGCACAUGAACAAAGACGCGACGAGCUGGUUUUCGAACCUUCCCGCCGAGACCAUCGACAACUUUGAUGAUCUCAGCACGGCAUUCAUGAAACACUUUGGCAUGUUUAUGUCAAAAGGCAGCACCAAUCUUUUCACUAUGGCACAGGGAAAAGAUGAGUCUCUUCGCAAGUUCGUCGAGAGAUUCAAAACAGCAGCAGCAGAGCACUCAGACAUCCCUGACGCGAUAGGAAUCAAAGCUUUCGAAAACGGGCUUUGGUUCGAAUCAAAGUUGAAAGAGAGUCUGAUGCUCGACGAACCCGCAACCCUCCAGGACGCUUUGCACAGGAGUCAUCUCGGCACGCAUCAUCUCGUCAAGAUUCAUCUCAUCAAGAGUCAUCUCGUCAAGAGAAUAAAAGGAGGCCUCUAA